CGGCCAGAGAGCCGGUCACGUGGCUCGCAGCAAGUUUCCGUGUUUACAGCAGAUCCUGGUCGGUGUCGAGUUUCACGGGAGGAUGCUCUGCAGCCAUGGCAUUUUUUAAGACGCAAGAGCGAACCAAAGCAAGGUUUUCUCUUUUGUUGCUGGAUUUGGAGGAAUAUUACUUUGAGCAGCAUACUGCCUACCAAGUGACGACGACUAGCUCAAAAAAAGAGAAAAAAACUCGAGGUUCCUUAAAGGUUUGUUCCAGAUCUAUUAUAUUUGAUCCAGAGGACCUUGCAGAGCCAAUUAUAAAGAUUCCUUUGCGAGACUGUAAGAAUAUUGAGUUUGUGCAGAAGGAGAACAACCCGUUCAUUGAGCCUCAGCCGCCGGCCAUCACCGUUUCCUGUGAGCAGGUUAUGUUCAUCAAAGAAAACAAUGUCAUAGCAGCGUACAGGAAUGAAAGGGGAGAAAACAAGCUGACCUUUCAGUUGGAGAUUUCUAGUAAAACAGAGGAUGUAGUCCAGACAUUACUGCAGCUUCACAGAGCUUCCUGUCUGGAAAAGCUUGGAGACCAGACUGCCAUGAUUGCUGCAAAUCUGCAGUCACGCCUGGCGAGGUCGUCGUUUGACAAAAACUUCUUUCAGAACGUUGCGGAGAAGCCACACAUGGAGUGUGCAGUGGAGAUGGUCACCCCUCUGGUGUCCAAUCCAGGCCACGUCUGCAUUACGGAUGAAAACCUCUACUUCCAGCCGCUCAACGGCUAUCCGGAGCAUGUGAUUCAAAUCAAACUGCUCCGAGUCAGGAGGAUCUACAAAAGACGACACGGCCUCAGACCUCUGGGUCUGGAGGUUUUCUGUACGGAGAAUGACUUCUGCUCCGACAUCUACCUGAAGUGUUACAACACCGCUGACAGAGAUGAGAUCUACUACUACAUAGCCACUUUCCUGGAGAACCACGUGACCGAACACACGGCAGAGAGCUACAUGCUGCAGUGGCAGCGCGGCCAUCUCAGCAACUACCAGUAUCUCCUCCACCUCAACAACCUGGCGGACCGCAGCUGCAACGACCUCUCCCAGUACCCCGUCUUCCCCUGGGUCAUCGACGACUACACCAGCACGCACUUAGACUUCACAAACGCUGCCACGUUCAGAGACCUGAGCAAACCCGUGGGGGCCUUAAACAAGGAGCGGCUGGACAGGCUGCUGGCUCGGUACCGAGGGAUGCCCGAACCUCCCUUCAUGUACGGAAGUCACUACUCGUCUCCAGGCUACGUGCUUUUCUACCUGGUCAGAGUCGCUCCGGAGCACAUGCUGUGUCUCCAGAACGGACGGUACGACCACGCAGACCGAAUGUUCAACAGUGUUGGUGAAACGUGGAAAAACUGCCUUGAGGGAGCGACGGACUUCAAAGAGCUGAUUCCAGAGUUUUAUGGAGAUGACUCCAGCUUCCUGGAAAACCGUCUGAAUCUCAGUUUAGGCAGAAGGCAGAACGGAAAACUAGUCGGCGACGUCGUCCUCCCACCCUGGGCCUCAAAUGCCAGGGACUUCCUUCAAAAACACAAGGCAGCACUGGAGAGUCAGUACGUGUCAGAGCACCUUCAUGAGUGGAUAGAUCUGGUGUUUGGCUUCAGACAGAGAGGCAGUGAAGCUGUGGCAGCUCACAACGUGUUUCACCCGCUGACCUACGAAGGUGGCGUGGACUGUGACAGUAUUGCGGAUACAGAUCAGAGAAUCGCCAUGCUGACGCAGAUCCUGGAGUUUGGCCAGACCCCCACACAGCUGUUCACCAGCCCUCAUCCUCAGAGGAUCACGCCCCGCUUUCAGAACAUCACAAGGAGCCCCAGCAUCAACUCGCCCAUCAGCGACCUUUCACCAGCCUCUCAGGGGGAAGAUUCGUCCUUUGAAGACCUGACGGAGGAGAGCAGGAAGAUGGCCUGGGCAAACAUGGGAAGUCUCACGCUCAUCUCCAGCCACAAGAUCCAUAAGGAAGCUGUGACGGGCAUCGCCAUGACUCGAGACGGAUCAUCUAUUUUCUCUACAUCCCAAGAUUCGACACUUAAAAUGUUUUCCAGAGAGCUGAAGGACUUCCAGAGAAGCAUGUCCUUCUCUAACAUGGCACUAUCGUCAUGCUUGAUGCUGGCAGAUGGUAAAACGGUGGUGUGUUCUUCAUGGGACAACAACGUCUAUUUCUAUUCCAUCCCAUACGGCCGGCGGCAGGACACGCUGAUGGGUCACGACGACGCCGUCAGCCAGAUGUGUUGGUUUGAUGACCGGCUCUACACGGCAUCCUGGGAUUCCACCAUCAAGGUCUGGCAGUUUGCCUGCAGCAGCUCAUCCAGUCACAAGAGAACCCAGUUCCAGCUGCUGGCUGAGUUGGAGCACGAUGCCGGAGUGAACACAGUCAGUCUGAAUCCCGCUGGAACGCUGCUGGUUUCCGGCUCUAAGGACGGGACGGUCAGCAUCUGGGACACCAGCAGCUAUGGGGCUCUGCAGCAGGUCCACUGCCACCAAGGGAACAUCCACCACCUGGCCUUCAGUCCAGACAGCCGACAUGUCCUCAGUGUCGGCGCCGACUCCUGCAUGAAGGUACUAGAUGUUCAGACGGGGAUGGUGAUCUCAUCUGUGAAGGCUGAGGUGGAGCAGAGGUGUUUUUGCUGGGAUGGCAGCUCUGUGCUGUGCGGAGGGCAGUCUGGUGACCUUUUUCUGUGGGACCUGCUCAGCAACUCUGUCACUAAGAGGAUCCCUGCACACUCAGGUGGCAUCACAGCCAUGUGGAUGAACGAGCUGUGCAACACGGUGAUCACCGGAGGAGAGGACAGACAGAUCAUCUUCUGGAAGCUGGAGAGUUAAACUUCAGUUUCUGCAGAAUCAAAUCCGUCAGCUGGCAAGACGAAACCUCCCGUGCAAUAUACCCGACAACCCAAUCCAAGUAUCCUGCCGACCGUGUGACUCGGCCGUCCGUGAAAGAGACUGCUGAAACGUGAAGACGUGAACUUUGGACAGUCUGAGGAAGACAACCAGCUGCUUUCCUCAACUGUUGUCUUAGAUACAUCGUAUACAUCCUUGUUACCCGCAUCAUGAGAGAAAUUAUCCAGUUCAAGUUUCUGCAUGACGGAAGCUAAAACAUCAUCCUCGCCUUAUCUAUUAUUUUUUAUUUUAUUUUUUUUUGCGUCUGCUUUUAUCAUGUUCUUCCUGUGUAUGUGUAGAUUUUAUUUUUGCCUUUUUUCAUGCUAGCUUGGCCAUGACCAUGAGGAUGAAAGCAAGUGUAGCUAAAGGACGAGUGGAUGUAACCCUGGUUUUUUUCCUUUUUUUUUUUUUAUAAUUGGUAAUCAUUUUUCUAUAGCUUUAUGUGCUUUUUAUCCUGCCAAGUGGACUUAAAGAGUGUUUCAGAGCUUGAUGUUGCUCAGGUGUUAUUACAAAAACACAGUUACCUCCACAAGUUGCCGUGUCUAGUUUUUGCUCUACGAGCUGCACAAGACUCUUUAUUCAUUUUUAUCGCCUGUAGUAUUUGUUUUGUGGCCGGGCUGCAAGAGCUGAGGGUGUCUGUGACGCUCCAGACCUGCAGCUUUACGGUAUUGAUCAUUAUCACAUGACUAUAACAGAGCUGAGCAUUUGGGAAUUAAAAUAUUAAUUAAAUAUUUACUCU